AUGUCCCAGCGACCGUCUUCGUUACCCCCUUCCUGGUCUGCUGCCGAGCUGGCAGCUAACCCGCGAGAAUUCGCUGCCUUUCAAUGGGUGACGGGUUUCGCAGAAGCUCUCACUGUGAACUCCCCCCGAAAACCGGUGGAGCCUGGCAGCACUGAAGGACAAGAUGAUGCCGGAGCGACUCCUCCGGCCCCUCCCCUACCUAAUCUGAAAUUCAAGGGCUGGGAAAAGGGACCGCGGAACAGCGCGGCAAAUGCACGCCGCGUGGCGAAAGCCUUCUCAGCAGUCAUCCCAGAGUCGGCGAAGCUCCACCUCUUCACCAUGGGGCGGGAGACAGAAGACCCUGAGUUCGACUCCGCAGCAAUGAGACUCGAAAUCCCAGGCUUCGGUCUGGUGUCUGGCGGCGUCGAUCUGGUCAUUGCGAAAGGCAGUGGAAGCCUGCGCCGUCCUCCUCCGCAUAACGGCCUCACCAUGAUGGAUGACGCGCAAGCUGUCAUCGAGUGCGACGUCGACAUUGCGGCCGUGACGCGCAAGCAGCUGCGACAGCUCUAUGUGAAGACAGUGCUGGUGCACCUUUUGAGGGAGAAGCCCGUCUCGGUCUUCCUCACCGACAUGGAGAAUGGCGCCAUCAAGGCGUCAGUUCUCGCUGGAGCCCGAGGCGUCCCCAUGGUCAUUUACGAACGCCUGAGCCCCGAAGGCUUCGUGAAGGAGCUGCAGCACUGCUACAAGAAACCUGCGGUCACGGCGAAGGCGAUGAUCGCCAUCCGCCGCUUCAAGUACGACUGGUGCCUCGCAGAGUCGCGCACGCGCCCGCCGUGCGCCAUCGACGGGCGCACUGGGCGACAGGCGCUGGAGGCGAGCGAGCCUGCGGCGUCGGCGGCGGCGGCUCCGGCAUCGGGCGCGAGUCCGAGCCUUGCGCCGCUUCCUGCCGCGGCGGCCGCGCCGGCGGCGAGUGCAUGCGAGCCCGUUCGCGAAGGCGAGAACAAGGAGACGACCUUCGUGACCCCGAAGAAGCGUGGCAGGAAGGCACGAGAUCCCUCCGCCGCAGCGGUGGCUGCCGCCGCUCCCACCGAGUCCGAGGGCGCCACUCCGGCCGCUGCCAAACCGAAGGCCGGCGCGACUCCGAAGCAGCGCGCCGUCCCGAAGAAAAUGAAGACCGAGGCGGCGGCCUACGCUCAGGCGACUCCAGCUGCGGCUAAAUCAGAGCCCGCGAACGUCCCUGUGGCACCUGCCAGCCCCGCCGUCGCUCCUGCGGCGCCCAAGAAGGCCGCGGCGCCUGCGCGGCCAGCCCCCGCAGCAGAGCCGACGAAGGCCCCCGAGUCUGACUCCGACUCGGACUCGUCUUCGGACGACGACUCCGAGCCCGAGACUCGCGCGCCGGUGAAAACCCUGGCGAAACCCGCCGUCUACGCGACCGCAAACGGCGCGCCUGCGAUGAAGGUGGCGCCCCAGGAGACCGAUUCUUCGAGUAGCGAAGAGUCCAGCGACGACGAAGACUAG